GGUUAAAGGUCUUGCUCACAUUGAAUACGGAGAGCGUGAUCACACAGUCGUCCAGAACAGGUGGUGUUCUCAUGCAUGCGUCAGUGUUGUUUUCCCCGAAGCAUGCAUAACAGGCAUUUAGCUCUUCUGGUAGGCUUGCGUCACUGAGCUGCUCACGGCUUUGUAUCCCUUUUUAGCCCAUAAUAGUUUGCAAUCCCUGCCAAAUCUGACUUACCUACAUAUUGGCAGCUUUCGUUGACCCCUUCGGCCUUCUAAAUGGGCUUUUUGGCGGAGGGGGCCCACUGGGUUCCUCAGACACAUGGCUGGUGUACAGUGUGGUACAGUUGAACAGUCCAGAGAUGCCAACCAUCAACAGUCAGAUAAAGUAACAUCUCAAAACAUAAUGAUGCAUCCCAAAACAUCACUGUUUUACAUUCAUAUAUAUGUGACCGACCGCCUCGAUUCCGUCUCAUGUAGCAACAUUUUUACAAAGUUUCCUUUUUUACAGUGGAUAAAAGUAUAGACCUAGAGCUAGAAAAUUGUGUAUCAUACACUGCAGUUGAGGAACAAUGGGAAAGGAAUUCUGCUUUGAAAGAUGAUAGACUUAUAGCUUUGUAAUGGCCCUCAAAAGUUUUGGUAGACCUACUGGAGAGCUCUUCUUUGUCUUCACCCAUUCAGCAUCGUUCACACCCUCUUAAGCUUUAGCCCCACCCAUCUCUUUAAGGAUUCACGUGAGGCUAUGUACUGAACAUAGUGAGUAGUUUAGUAAACAACCAAAGAUUUCAAUAAGGGAAACCUCCAGGUAAAAAUAAACGUUUAUCUAGUCCUUGGCCUAUAUCCAAAUCUGACUUUGGUGCAGGUCAUGUUCUUCACAUUACAGUCUCUCGUAAACACACACUAAAUGUAAUAAAAUCUAAAUGUAUUUGUCACAUGCAUAUGAUACAGAAGGUGUAAACGCUACAGUGAAAUUGUUUCUUGCAUAACAGCAAUAUCAAAAACAGAAAGUGUCCAGAUGAAAAUAUUUCAUAAUUAUGAGAUGACGUACACAGUACCUGCCACACUGGUCUAAAUUGAUGGGUCAUGUGAAGGAAAUGCUAUAACCAAGCCCAGAUAGAUCUAGAUAAGUGGUUGGAUCACUACUGUCCAGACAUGUACACAUUUUCAUGAAAUACAAUAGAUGACUGUAAUCACCCCCAGACACACCUGGCUAACUUGAUGGGUCAUAUAAUCAGUAUUUUGUUUAGGCAUAUAGUUAGCUAGCCAAACAAUGAACCGGCAUAAUCCCAACUCAUACUACUACCAAUACAAACAAUGAACCGGCAUAAUCCCAACUCAUACUACUACCAAUACAAAACAAUGAACCAGCAUAAUCCCAACUCAUACUACUACCAAUACAAACAAUGAACCAGCAUAAUCCCAACUCAUACUACUACCAAUACAAACAAUGAACCAGCAUAAUCCCAACUCAUACUACUACCAAUACAAACAAUGAACCGGCAUAAUCCCAACUCAUACUACUACCAAUACAAAACAAUGAACCAGCAUAAUCCCAACUCAUACUACUACCAAUACAAACAAUGAACCAGCAUAAUCCCAACUCAUACUACUACCAAUACAAACAAUGAACCGGCAUAAUCCCAACUCAUACUACUACCAAUACAAACAUUGUCAUCGCUGUAGAAUGAAUUUGCAGGUAGUUAAAGAGAUAACAAACUAGGUUCAAUGUUCGCUAGCUAACAUUAGGCUAUAACUGGUAAUGCAAGUGGAUUUCUGAGAAUAACAUUACUACACAGCUCAUACACGUAACGUUAGCUAGCGAGCCAGCAAGUUAACGUUCGCUACCUAGCGGAACAGUAUACUUUAAUUUACAAUGAAAACGACUUUCUGACUAAAUUAGAAACAUAUAAUAUCUGGAAAUGUAGCUAGACUCUUACCCGUAUACAUGGAUGAACGCUUCCCGACUGACUGAAACCGUCUACCUCUGUUUUAUUAGCAGCUACAUCUUGUUUGGCCAGCGUUGUGCCAAGUCACUCCGGUUCACAUGGACCGUGGCGUGUGCAGAAAGUAGCCCAUCACUUUUCCCAACUGAUCUGCCGAUAGCGCCUGCUAGAUUCAGGGCAUCUACGUUGUUGAGAAAAGUAGCAAAACUUUUGUAGUUCGCGACGGCUAACGUUAAAUCUUUCAAAAACGGCAUGGUAGAAAGGACAUUCAACACAUACUCAGCAGCUCACGACAGAAGCAUGCUACAUGGGAGACCAAUCAAAACUCAUCUCCCGGCAUGUCCAGCCCAUCCAUUAUCAGCCAAUCAUGACUAGCGGGAAGGUUCCUGACUUUUUCCGUGGCUAAACCAACUAGGCUUGUAAUUUUAACAAUUUUAUUCCUAUUUACUGAUGGAAUACAAGUUUGAUAUUAAAACACAUGAAAAUUCACACGUUCCAGAAGGCAUUUCUGCAACAAAAAAACAAACAUAUUUUGAUUUUUAAAAACGAAUUGUAUUCAAAUGCCUCUCCUGUAAAGUAAUGACGUAGGACAUACGCCUAGUUUCCUGAAACGAGACACAUGUGAUGUCAUAUGCAACAACGCACAGCUUCUUACAUGGAAAACUUUUUGUUAUGACACAGAGAACUGUUCAAUGUCAGUGCAACUGACCAAUGGCAACUUCAAGACUAACGGGUGGCCAUAGGUUACAAAGUUCCAUUAACUUAAACAGACUGUGUAAAUAAGUGGUUUGGAUUGGAGGAAAAUAGAUACACUGGUUGUAUCUUCAAUGGUCAGCAAUGGGAGCUGUUACUGUUGGAUAUGCAUUAACCAGGUAGACACACAGGAAGAAUAUAUGAACGAUGUGUUAAUUUGUUAAUGUAGUAAUUUACAGGGUUACUAGGUUACUACACAGGUACAUGUAACGACUUUUAAUGAUAGACCAUACUCCACCUGGACCAUUUUUUUUUCAGUGUCUUCCAUUUUUCUCAGCUAAACCUAUUUUAAAAUGCAAGACGUUUCAUUUGAUUCAAUAUAGCUACAGAUCAUGUAAAGACACUAAUGGACAUUUUAUUUCACAGAAUUGGUGUGCAACUCGGCAGUCCACUUCAGAUUGCAUCACUGUUUUAUGUCCCAUAAUAAUGAAAGAACACGGCUUCGGCAGUCCGCCCUGCUCUCUCUCUCAUGUGUCUCAAUAAUUGUGAAAACCCCUAAAAAAGGAUUUCUAGACAUCAACCGGCUUGCAUAGUGUUGCUGUGGUACAUUCAGGAGGAGACUGGAGACCGGUAGACGCAGUGUGAUUACUCUCUAACUAUAGGAUUAAUGCAUUUGUCACACUGCAUACUUUACCAACAAUAAUUAUGAAGAAAAACUAGAUCCACAUCUCUCACGGUGUCAUUAGUGGGUAGUAGCUCCUGGCAUUCACACUGCUCGUAACUCAUCUCAAUUGCAAACAAAUCGCUAACCAAGCGCUGCUCCAUGAAGUCCGGUAUCAGGUAGCUAAAUUAAUCAUUACUGCCUCCCUGGAAUGUUUUUCACUUUGACUGUGGCUGGAGGACAACCUGACUGUGGCUGGAGGACAACCUGACUGUGGCUGGAGGACGACCUGACUGUGGCUGGAGGACGACCUGACUGUGGCUGGAGGACGACCUGACUGUGGCUGGAGGACGACCUGACUGUGGCUGGAGGACGACCUGACUGUGGCUGGAGGACGACCUGACUGUGGCUGGAGGACGACCUGACUGUGGCUGGAGGACGACCUGACUGUGGCUGGAGGACGACCUGACUGUGGCUGGAGUACAAACUCCACCUAUGGUUUAGACAAAGUUAGAAAAUGAGCCAAUAAUUAAUCUUCCUACAUCAACAAAUGAUAACUCCAUUUUCCUUUUGUAGUCAGAUUAAUACACUGCUUCUUCUUCAGAGAGAGAGGACAAACAGAUUUGCACUGAAAAGGGACAAGCUUGCUUUAAAAUAAAUCCAGGGUUUUAAAUGCGCAUCCCAGGAAAUAAUAGGCUGGCUGCAAAGUCAAAAUUGGCUACAACCAAUUUGGGUUAGCAGUGUGGUUAGGGUUAGGUUUAAAAUCAGAUUUUAGUAACCACUAGUGGUGCUCAGGUCAGAUGUUUGUUCACUGGUGCCUGCAUGCAAUUGCUAAUAACCCGCCCGUAUCCGCCCGCAACUGUACAUGAUUAAGUGAAAAUCUGUGGUCUGCACCCGACUAACCCGCUAAUAUAGAAAAUGCGCUGUAUGCUAGUCAGACUGCGGGAAGGAUUUGAAGGGGUUUUGUUGCCUGAUUUAGAUACGUUUCUGUUUUAUAAUUUCUGACAUUUCAGUAGACUACUUUUUUCUCAACAUGUCUAUAAUUCGAUACAUGCAGCUUCAUAAAGGCCUAUAUGUUGCCCUAAAAGACUAAAUACACACUUGCACAGCAGAAUAAUGUCAGAAAUCAAUAGAAUGGUUGCUUCAAUCUAGCUGACAUUGCAACGUUUUCCUUUUUUUGCUUCUUUCAUAGAGCAAAGACCUAAAAAGGUAAACAUUUUUUGCAAAAUUUCCAAACAUUCAGUUUGACCAGUUAUAAGGAAAUAGAAAGCUGUGAAAACAAGAUUUCAGUUUGGCUUGGAUGCAUAUGUUAUGGUGAAAUAGCCUGGGCUACUAUCAGCUUGUAUGAUGCUGAUAAAGAUGGCACCUCUACAGAUAGUUAUGAACUGCUCAUUCACAAUUCUCUCAACAUGAUGAGAACUCCUGUCCCGAGUCAAAAAUCUAGCCUACAUUUGGUGUAGCCUUUUACUACAAGAAAUGCUUAAUUCUGCAUGAGUUCAUAUUAAGGCUGAAGAGUAAGUGACAAAAUAAAAACAAAUCCUCAUUAAAAUCAGUCAGCUAGUAAGCGAGACAUAUCUGGGACCUCAUUUAUCAGAAAGGCAGAAAUCUGUGCGUAAACCAUGCGUUGGUUCAUUUCCAUGCAGAAUGUGAGAUUUAUAAAAUAUGAGUGUGCGUAAAUGUACAUUUUACAGCACAGCCAUAACCAUAGGCCUACGCACAGUGCCAAGUGGUGGAAUAAGGUAGAAUGGGAAUAAAUAUAUGUUGAAAAUGAGUUAAAUUGUGAAAUUAAUAAUUUAAAUGGUUUCCUUGUAUUUGUAGCACAACCCUUGAUGAGCCGAUUGAUACUGUUUUGGAUGCAAUCACCAGCAAAAUCAAUAGUUGCAUCCAAUUUCUCCAUCGCACAACAAGUGGAAGUCAAGAUGGGUUUCUGUGCCAUCAAUGGGUUCCCAAAUACGAUCAGAGCAAUAGACGUCUACCACAUCGCCAUAAAAUCACGAUCCCAAAAUGAGUUCAACUAGGCUUCCAAUCAAAUCAAAUCAAAUUUAUUUAUAUAGCCCUUCGUACAUCAGCUGAUAUCUCAAAGUGCUGUACAGAAACCCAGCCUAAAACCCCAAACAGCAAGCAAUGCAGGUGUAGAAGCACGGUGGCUAGGAAAAACUCCCUAGAAAGGCCAAAACCUAGGAAGAAACCUAGAGAGGAACCAGGCUAUGUGGGGUGGCCAGUCCUCUUCUGGCUGUGCCGGGUGGAGAUUAUAACAGAACAUGGCCAAGAUGUUCAAAUGUUCAUAAAUGACCAGCAUGGUCGAAUAAUAAUAAGGCAGAACAGUUGAAACUGGAGCAGCAGCACAGUCAGGUGGAAGUUGAAACUGGAGCAGCAGCAUGGCCAGGUGGACUGGGGACAGCAAGGAGUCAUCAUGUCAGGUAGUCCAAUCACUUAAUAUGCAGGAGAAAUGUGAUGCUGCUGAAUGUGGUGGCCAGGUGGAACACACAACUUAAUUCUGCCGAACAGCAAUGUUGGCCUUCGCCUGCAGGUUGGAGCUCUUGGCGAUGGCUUAUUGGACCGUGUCAGUCAGCACCCUUGGCUCCCUACUUGAUGUGGCACUGGCAUGAGUUGACUCCCCCUGGGUGGCACUGGCAUGAGUUGACUCCACCUGGGUGGCACUGGCAUGAGUUGACUCCACCUGGGUGGCACUGGCAUGAGUUGACUCCACCUGGGUGGCACUGGCAUGAGUUGACUCCACCUGGGUGGCACUGGCAUGAGUUGACUCCCCCUGGGUGGCACUGGCAUGAGUUGACUCACCCUGGGUGGCACUGGCAUGAGUUGACUCCCCCUGGGUGGCACUGGCAUGAGUUGACUCCACCUGGGUGGCACUGGCAUGAGUUGACUCCACCUGGGUGGCACUGGCAUGAGUUGACUCCACCUGGGUGGCACUGGCAUGAGUUGACUCCACCUGGGUGGCACUGGCAUGAGUUGACUCCACCUGGGUGGCACUGGCAUGAGUUGACUCCACCUGGGUGGCACUGGCAUGAGUUGACUCCACCUGGGUGGCACUGGCAUGAGUUGACUCCACCUGGGUGGCACUGGCAUGAGUUGACUCCACCUGGGUGGCACUGGCAUGAGUUGACUCCCCCUGGGUGGCACUGGCAUGAGUUGACUCCCCCUGGGUGGCACUGGCAUGAGUUGACUCCACCUGGGUGGCACUGGCAUGAGUUGACUCCACCUGGGUUGCACUGGCAUGAGUUGACUCCACCUGGGUUGCACUGGCACUGGAUCUCUGCUAGUCACUCUGCAACAGACAUUUUUAACUUGUCUCAAUGCCUUGUCAAGUUAUUUGAUUCGUUAUUAGCCUACAGUUACUUAUUUGUUACUUAUGUGAAACAAUUUGUUUUCGAAUAUCAUGAUAAAUAAAUAUU